AUGACGGGCUUCCGAUUGGGUUGUGGCGGCAAGAAAGACAAGCUUUCGCCGUCAGGGACGAAGCCGACCGCCCUCGUCGAUGAGGUGUCGGCGCCCCGAGGCUUUGGCAUACGCAGUUACUUGCACAAUUUCUAUCUCUCCCCAACAGUAGAAGAUAUGGAACAAGGUGGAGCGUGGUACCUUCUUCCACCACCUCCUGCUCAACGACGUGGACUUUUCAUCUGUCGUCUGUGCACCGUUCUAGGACUACUUCUUCUGAUCGGCGGAGCCGUUUCGAUUGUCAUCGGCUAUACAUGGCCUCAUGAAGGCAUUGAACAAAGCAUAUAUAAGAUUGUCAUCUAUGAGGACGAAGAUGGAGGCUAUUAUGUUCCACAAGACAAACUACGAGAAAUGCUACGCGAUCCUAUGAGACUAUGGAAGACUGUUGGUUUCUGUGUGUUCGCAUCUGGCGCUAUACUACUUGCUGUGUCUCUGAUAAUUCCGACCUUGGCUGCUUGUAUUGGAUCAAAAAGACUUGCUGGCUUCAUGAGUGAGGAUAACUCGCCCAACGAACCACCUGUACGCAUAUAUCCUCAGGAAAAACCUUCUGUAUCGCAUUCGAGUGGACCUGUACCGGUUAUGGAGGAGAUCGCAAAGGUUCAACCUGGCGAGAAAACUGCUCCAUCUGGACUACUCGACUCUGACAAGGCACCUCUUGUGCACUAA